AUGCCUUUGCCUGGAAGACGACGACUAGGGCUGUUGAGGGGACGAGCAUCACGCGCUCCUCCAAGCAGAUCGCCAGCACCUCCACUAGGAAAUGUCAUUGCCACAAUUCAUUACGAUGAAAUUGAAAGUCUGGAACCCGACCAAGAUGAUGCCGUAUCUCGCAUCAGGAACAGCCAAUAUUUGACUUCCUACAACUGGCUUGGUGGGGAAAAGAGCCGAAUUAUCGUUCCAGGUGAACCACCAAAGUGGACACCUCUGCUCGGUGAACCUACACUUCCUCAAGACAGGGCUGAAUAUUACCGCGAUCGAAAUGCGGCGCAAUAUCCCGCCCACCCCAUGGAGCCAAUGGUACAGGCAAUCCUGACAGACAAACCCGAGUUCCCCGUGACCAGUGUGGACAUCAUUGGGUGCAACAAUACAAUGGGCAACCUGCUGGGUUUUGUACUUGGGCAGGAUAGGCCCUUCAGGAUGCUUGUCGAGGUACUUGGCAACACGGUCUUCUUCAUCAGAAGGGAAAAUUCCCCGACCGAAACUUAUCCCAACACCAAUGGGUAUGGGCAUACUUUCCCAGAAGCGUACACCACGUGGAAUGCAGGUGUGGGCGGAUCCCAGUCCCAUCAACGGGUGAUGGAGUAUGAGUUUGCUGGCAUGCAGUGCCUGGUGCGCUUUGAAGCUGAUGGCUUUUUGCCCAACCUGGUCCCGGAUACCGAGGGAACCGAAGGACAACCCGUUACCCAGGAGGAAAGCGCCGACCGUGAGGGAGCUUUGCCGUCCAUCGAACAAGUAUCAAUUUCGGAUGCGUCCUCAGCCACUACAGAAACGGCACCGAAGCAGCUUGUCAUUGCCAGGCAAGGCCGACGUAUCCCGCAAUGCGCAAUCUUUGACCUAAAGACUCGAGCUCGCAGCAAAAGGAAUCAGAAGACCCUUCUGGAAGAAUUGCCCCGGUUGUGGCUUACCCAGGCUCCCAACUUCAUUCUUGCCCACCAUACAGCUGGUCAAUUCCUGCAUAUUCGGGUCGAGAGCGUGCAGGGUGACGUUAAGAAGUGGGAGGAUACGCAGCAACCGGCUUUGAGCAAGUUCGCCAGCUUACUCCAAAAGAUCGUGGCAUUCGCUCGGAGCGAGGAUAACGGAAAGUUUGAGAUUGAGCAUAAGGAGGGUAUGGAGGUUUUGAAUCUGAGAAAGCAAGGUGGAGUUGCCAGCGACUACUGCGAUGUCUAUCUGACGCACGACUCGAUGAGCGUGCGCAAGGCGCAUAACUCCGGUCGAAACCACCUGAGGAACGUGGUGGACUACUACCAACAGAUUGGCCAAGAAAAGGCCCAGUCCGUCAUCGACUCCAUUACCUCCUCCUACGCCGCAGAGGGCCAACAAGCCCCCAACAUGAUGCCCCCGGGCGCUUUCCCGCCUCCCUUCGGAUUCCCGGGACGACCAGGCAUGCCCCCUCCCCCCUUCGGCAUCCCUCCACCAGGCGCCCCCGGCGCCCCAGGCAUGAUCCCUCGUAUGUCCCACCCAACCUCCAUGCCCAAGAACCAGAGACAGGGAUCCCCAACCUACCGCGGACCAUACCAAGCUAACCAAUAUCCCCAACCAACAGCCCCAGGAGCCCACGGCCUCCCCUUCCCACCGCCUUUCCCUAACGCCGCCGGAACCCCGCCAACAGGUGGCUUCCCCCCGCCUCUCCCCAACAUGCCUCAGGGUGCAAACCUGCCGAUUCCGCCCCCGGGCGGCUUCCCGAACUUCCCUGUUCCUCCGCCAGGCGCGCCGGGCUUCCCGCCUAUGCCUGCUCAGCCCGGUAUGGCGCCCGGUGGUCCGUCGCCAAUUCCUACUGGACCCCGUGGCAUGGAGGGGUAUCCUCCUCCCCCUGGAGGUGGGCCUCCUGGUGGGCCUCCUGGUGGGAUGGAUCAACGGUGGUGA